GCUUGCAACGAUAUAGAUGUUUUCUAAGAAUGCCAGAAAUGAAAAACAGCCGUGAGAGACAGAAUAAGAUUGGAAACUAGAAAUAAACUGUUUGCUCUAACUAAACAUGUGACUGUAUUUGCUGUUUUUUUACCAACGUUCAAACCAAGAUUGUUGUCAUUUUUCAUAUAAUUUAACAUAGAGUUUAUGGUUUAUGGUGCUCGAUUUAGUCCAGCUAUAAUAAAUUGCAGCACUACAAAUGCUUUUAUACCUUCAUUUUACUAAUGAUUUUUGCUAAUUUUAGCAUUAAAAAGUCCGUAAUCUACUUCUAUAUACAGAUUUCUGUGGCAAUACCUUCAACACUUUUACUUUUCUGAUGAACAAACGCGUCAUAUAUUUACUUGUUUAAUAGCCUGUUUUUUUAAUCAUAAAAAUUUAGCUCAAAUUACAUCUGAAAACUGAUGUUUUGUCGUUAACUGCUUCUGUCUGAAAGUUUUAUAUUUUUAUAAGCAUAAAGUCUCUUCAUUCAAAAUAGACGCAAAAAAUGGCAUCUACAAGUGGUAGUUGUUUUUCUGGGAUGCUGUUGGUGGUUUUAAUAUUGAGCAAAUCUCAAGCACAAGACUUCAGUCUCGAGGUCGUUUCAAAAAGCCAGUCGGAGAUCGAGAUCCAACUUACCAUGUUAAACUCUUCAGCUACCAUUCAGUCCAUUGACAGUAUCGAGUGUGCGAAAGAAAGCGAUGGAACUGCAUGUCCAAACAGCCCAAAUGUAUUAAUCUCCGGAAGCAACGCAAACCUGCCCUUCGAUUUCCUCGGCAUCGGCGAGUCUUACCGAUUUUCAGUGUCUUCAAUUGUCUACACAUUGAACGGCGCGAAUCAAAUGGAUUCGGCUGAAGUCAGUUUGGAAUCGUGCACAGUUCCUACUACACCUACUGAUGACGUUGACUGGUACUCAUUGUCAAUAAUUGAUGGAACGAAUUUCGAGUUGCCUGACUCUGCCAACAACUACGAGAUCACUUUGGUCCCAACAUUCUGCACUGGCAACAGAACGCUAGUGCACUAUGAGGGGUAUCCCCCCAUCAUUUACUAUGUUCAGACAGGAUGUGAAUACCGGAUACUUUACGCAAACAGAUGCGAGACGAGCAGUGGUGAAAUAACUCCUUCCGAAUACGUCGAAUUCAGCGAAACUUUUUGCACAGCCCCUGAGACUCCUGUGCCAGCUAGCUCACUGACCCUUGUCAACUUCACCGAGACCAUGAUUGAGAUCAGUGGGUUUGGAGUCUCUUCGGGUGAGUACGAGGCGAUCGAAGUCGAAUUCAGCACUGGAUCUGGAUGUCCAGGUGGUCCCAUUCUUCGCAACUUGUCCACGGGAGAGACAGACCUGAAGGCGGAGGAUUUGAUCCCAGGGUGUCUCUACACUUUGAAGUACUCGGCCGUGUGUCACGCAGAUCAAGGUUCGGCAGAAUCUGCCACCAGACAGGCAACGCUAGGAGAUACGCUGUGCACAAUUCCUCGAGAAAUUGAGACAUCUUCUCUUUUUCAUACUGCAACAGCCAACUCCAUCUCAAUUCAAGCGGCAUCUCUCCGUGUUCAAGCUGUAGAGGGCAACCUGUACCGGUUCAAGGUCAAAACAGUGACCCCUAAUGGGUCAUAUGACGUGGAUGCUCCUCAGCCUGACACGGGAACUCUGACUGUGUCACUUUUGUCGCCUGCAACCAAAUACGAAUUUGAACUUGAAAAUGAGAACUUGUGUGAUGAAGUGUCAAAACUGAGCACCCAAUAUGCAGCUUGCACACUUCCCACAGCUCCCGAGAAGUCUUCAAUUCAAGUCGAAUGUGACUUGACGAGCGUGAUAAUCAAGGGAACAGUUUCGAAUGUCCAGGCCAAUAUCGGACCCCUCGACUCAUACAGGAUAAACUCGGUCAACAGUAUCUCUCCCACGACCGCUGACCUGGCUGCAAAGAAUGCGGAUCUGGAGGUACCUGGAUUGGAGUCAGGGACUGUCUAUGAGAUCAAAGUGGCCACUGUUGUGGACACUAUUGCAGACUGUGACACCUUAGAGUCCUCGGAACAAACGACGAUCAGAGUCUGCACAAAACUAGCUGGUGUUCUCGACUCUUUGACCUUGAGUGACUCUACUGCGACCUCACUCACUAUCAGUGGAUUUGGAGUGACCUCUGGAAGCUUCACCUCACUAAAGAUUACUCUUCAAGGGAUCUAG